AUGGCGGCGACUGUGAUCCUGGAGCCCAGGGUCCGCAAUUGCUGGGACGAGCCGAUGCGCAUCGUGGUGCGCGGCCUGGCCCAGGCACAGCCGGUCACACUGCGCUUGUCCCUGCAGGACGAGAAGGGCGCGCUCUUCCGGGCCCACGCGCGCUACUACGCGGACAGCGGCGGCGAGUUGGACCUGGAGCGCGCGCCCGCGCUGGGCGGUAGCUUCGUGGGGCUCGAGCCCAUGGGUCUCUUCUGGGCCUUGGAGUCCGAGAAGCCCUGGCUGCAGCUCGUGAAACGGGACGUGCGAACGCCCUUUGCGGUGGAGUUGGAGGUGCUCGAGGGCCACGAGCCCGAGCCGCAGCGGGUCCUGGGCCGCGCCGUGCACCAGCGUGUCUUCAUGCGGCCUGGGGUGCGGAGAGAGCAGGUGCGCGCGGACCGGUUGCGCGCCACGCUCUUCCUGCCGCCAGGCAUGGGACCCUUCCCCGGAGUCAUCGAUCUGUCUGGAAGUGGUGGCGGUCUUUGUGAAUACAGAGCCAGCCUCCUAAGUGGACAUGGUUUUGCUGUGCUUGCUCUGGCUUACUUCAGAUUUGAAGACCUUCCUGAAUAUUUGAAUGAUAUGCAGCUGGAGUACUUUGAAGAGGCCGUGAACUUCAUGCUCCAGCAUCCAAAGGUGAAAGGCCCUAACAUUGGGCUUCUUGGCUUCUCCAAAGGAGGUGACCUGUGUCUCUCAAUGGCUUCCUUCUUGAAGGGAAUCACAGCCACUGUACUCAUCAAUUCCUGUGUGGCCAAUACAAUCACUCCCCUGCAUUACAAGGAUAUGACUAUUCCUAGUCUUGGUACUGAGCUAGGGAAACAUAUAAUCACUGAGUCAGGCCUUAUAGAUUGUAUAGAUAUUUGGGAUAAUCCACUGGAGGAACCAAAUUGCCAAAGUCUCAUCCCAUUGGAAAAGGCCCAGGGGCCCUUCUUGUUUAUUGUUGGCAAGGAUGAUCAUAACUGGAAAAGUGAAUUAUAUGCUCAUAUAGCUUCUGAACGAUUACAAGCCCAUGGGAAAGACAGACCCCAGAUAAUCUGCUACCCAGGAGCUGGUCACUGUAUUGACCCACCUUAUUUUCCUGCUCGUCUAGCCUCAAUUCAUGCAGUUUCAGGCCAAGCAGUGUUCUUUGGAGGUGAGCCACAGCCUCACUCAAGAGCACAGGUAGAUGCCUGGCAACAGAUUAAAACUUUCUUCCAUAAACAUCUUGAUGGUAAAAAAUCUGUUAAGCACAGCAAAAUAUAA